UUUCAGUUGUGUGUUUAUUAAGAUGGAUAUCGACGGCGAUGUAAAUGGCUCAUUGUCGCAGGCUCUUUCAUGCAUGGCAACCAACGAUCGUGAAGUGCUCAUAAAACAGUUUCAACAAGUUCUUGGCGACAAUCACAGUCUCUCAGCAGAAGCAUGCGCUUUUUUCCUUGAUAUGAAUAGCUGGAAUUUACAAGCAGCUCUAGGAGCUUACUACGAUUAUGGUAGUGCAAACGGUACAGGUUCACCACCUCCUGAGUAUGUAACGCAACUACCUUCAAUGCAGUUCGUGCAAGAUGUCACAAUAGGCGAGGGUGAAAGCAUUCCACCUUCUACACGUUUUACAAAAACUUGGCGAGUACGCAAUUCCGGAAAUGAAUGGUGGCCUAAUGGUUGUUUUUUGUGCUAUAUGGAAGGUGAUAAAUUGUCGGAUACUACCAGAUCCUGGAUUCAGCCUUUAGCUCCAGGAAAGGAAGUUAACGUCAGCAUUGAAAUGGUUAGCCCUAUGGAGAAGGGGAUAUACCAGAGCAGGUGGCAGCUGAAUACCAAUUCCGGAAUUCCAUUUGGCGAGUCCAUUUGGUGCAUUAUAACUGUCGAUGAUAUGGGGAUUUUGGGCAUCACACAGCAGCUUGCUUCUGCUCCAUUGGGCUCAUCUGCUCCUGUACAAGGUCAGAAUAUGAAUCCUUUUGGUGGAGCUCUUCCGUUUAACUACGCCAUACAAAAUUCUAUAGAACAGCCUGAUUGUAUUGAAAGUAACAUGGACGAAAGCUGUGAUAUGGCCCUUGACCAGGAUGGGAACUCAUCGCUAUACAACGCCGUUGUUAGUCGACUUCCACGGGUUUGGUCGGUUAAUAAUUGUCAAUUUCCGAAUAAUAUUGAGCCUAUUGAUACAUCUCAUAUCGAGGAAGCUCCAGACGUGCCUCCCUGUACACCAUGUACACCUCCACAGUGAAUUAUACUGCUCACGACACAUAUUACCUAUCUGUUUUAUUUGGCAAGUAUCAUCCACUGGAACUAAAAUAAAAUUCCCGGGGUUUGGUGACAACAUAUGCAAGACUGUUUUGUGAGUAUAUGUUUGUUUUAUGUGUUGUUUCAAGUGUUCCACUUAUCGUGUACAGAAUAUUUGAGUAAGGAAGUGUUCUCGAAAGCUG